AUGCUUUUACGGGGCGCUCCAUCAAAAGGGGACCCACGGAAAGCACAUGUGCGGCGGACAGUUCUCGACGACCCGUCAGAGGCUGAGUUGUCAGCUUUUCGCAUUCUGCAAAACGAAUUUGCGACGAAACCAUGGCCGGCACACCACGAUCGAAAUCGGCAGUUAUACAUGGACCUUGACGCCUCAAAGGAAGCUGGUUUUGGGGCGAUGGUUUAUCAUACCACCCCGGGGUACUCUCAUGACCCACAAAAGCCCCCUGCAUCAACAGCUAUUCAACCAGUGCUUUUCCUGAGCAGAUGCCUUUCGCGAGCUGAAUCUAACUACUGGCCGACUGAGCUCGAAGUUGCGUGUCUGGUGUGGGUGUUGCGAAAAGUUCGCCACCUCGUCCAGGCUGCUCCAGUUGACCUACCAGUCAUUAUCUACACAGAUCAUAGUGGCACGACAGCCAUUGCAGACAGUGCGAGUCUUCGAUCAGUAGCGUCGGACAGAUUGAAUCUUCGAUUAGUGCGUGCCUCGCAAUAUAUUCAACAAUUCAGGGUAAAGGUUUUCCAUCCGCCUGGCGUCACAAAUAAGGUGGCAGAUGCGCUGUCUAGACUCCCAUCAACCGACCCAACUUUGGCAGAUGAGGACCAGGACGAUCUAGACGCAUUAUGCGUCACCCCUGAUCAAUCAGAUCAACACUCAUCUACGAUUCACAUCUCAGAUGAGUUCCGUGACCGGGUUCGGGCACUCUAUGACGCUGACCGGCGAUGGUCGUCAGUGAUCAAGACGAUUACUACUCCAUCUGAUGACCCGGUGCAGCCAGUGCUUCCAUAUGAGUACGAGGAUGGACUACUCUACCAAGUCGAUGCAGAGGGAACCAGAAGUCUGUGCCUCCCAAAAUCCCUUGCCGCAGAAAUCUUCCGCCUAGUACAUGAUGAGCAGGCACAUCAAGGCUUAGACAGAUCGUGGAGCAAACUGAGAGGGCUAGUUUUUCCUCGUGGUCUCAAACUCUUACACGAAUAUAUUAAACACUGUCCUCAGUGCAUGGAUAACCGCACAGCAAGGCAUCGUCCUUAUGGCUCUCUACAACCGGUCCUAUCACCACCAGUCCCGUUUCACACGGUCACACUUGACAUUGUCCUCGGCCUACCAAUGUCCUCAGACGGUUUUGAUGCUAUGAUGACGGUCACUGACAAGUUCUCGAAGGCAGUUGGUCUAAUCGCGGGAAAAGCAAAAUGGGACGGCAAAGACUGGGCGUGGCCACUACUGACAUUUUUCUGGAUGGCGAAUUGGGGCCUUCCAGCCGCCAUUGUUUCUGACCGCGACCCGAAGUUCACACAGGGUCUCUGGAGUGCCAUUUUCUCAAUCCUCAUCUCGCUACUAUACUCCAAUACGAAAGUAUCAUCCACCAUCUUUCGGUCUUCUUCGCCCAAACGGUAG